UACAAGCUAAAAAUAUCCAGACUACAGUUUUCAUCAAUAAUAAAGUAGAGUGUCCCACACCAAUGGGAAUGUGUUGACUUAUCUAACAAUGUUCAUGUUAUAUAACUGUGGUUAUAUAAUAAAGAUUGUAACCUUCAUUCCAACUCUUGGGAUGAAGCUUCAUUUCCAUCCCCAGAACAUUAACAGAACUAACAUAAGGACUAAAACUCUUUCUACAAACAGGGUUUCUUUUAAUAAAUACAGAAGUUUCUAAAACAUCACAAGCAUAAUGCUACAUCUGAAUAUGCGUUUGGUUGUCAGACAGACAGGCUUUUAGUGCAGAUGCCAGUUUUAGUGCUAAUAUAUUAUUCAUAUGGAAUAUUAUGUUUUGCUCUGCCAUGCAGACAAAGUUGCUCAUGGGGCUUUUUGUUGCCAUGUGACCAAGAAGGAAGGACUAGAAAGCUCUAUAAACUUCCUCUCAAAAAUGAUUUUGGUGCAGUUCAGAAGCUCGCUGCUCCUCUUGGCGUCAGGCUAAGAGAGAGAAACACUUUACUGCCCACCAUCACCGGUCCACAUCAUGAGCAGCAUCGUUCAGCACCCCUGCGUUGGUCGGACGCCAGCUGCUAGGAUGCCCAAAUCUGUGACUCGUGAAAGCAGUGGAACCUCCAGAAGCAGCAGCAUCAGCAGCGACAGCAGUGGUUCUGGAGGGAACAUCCGUUCUCUCCUAUCCAUGAGUGAGAGCGUGCACGCUAAUCUGAGCAGCUUCUUUCCAGAGCAAGCACUGGAGAAGGAAAAAACCCGUCAGCGGAGUCAUCAGCUAGAAGAGAUAAAGCGCCUAAAAGAGGUUCAUGCUGCUGCUCAGCUCAAAAACCUAGAAGAUUUUCUGAAGAUAAACCGAAUUUCUCUCAAAGACAGUUUGGCACAUACUACGGGGAUGAUUUACAGAAAUAUGGGAAAAUCAGGCCUGAGGGUGUCCUGUGUUGGAUUAGGUACAUGGGUUACCUUUGGAGGCCAGAUCACAGAUGAGGUGGCAGAGGAAAUGACAACUUUGGCAUAUGAGAGUGGAAUCAAUCUGUUCGACACAUCUGAAGUGUAUAACUGUGGAAGGGCAGAAGCCGUGUUGGGAGGCAUUAUAAAGAAGAAAGGGUGGAGGCGUUCCAGUCUCGUUAUCACUACCAAAAUCUUUUGGGGAGGAAAUGCAGAAAUGGAAAGAGGACUUUCUAGAAAACAUAUAAUUGAAGGUUUGAGAUCAUCACUGGACAGACUUCAACUAGAGUACGUGGACGUUGUGUUUGCAAAUCGACCAGAUCCAUACACACCUAUAGAAGAGACAGUAAGGGCAAUGACCUAUGUAAUCAACAGGGGGAUGGCUCUGUACUGGGGAACAUCACGAUGGAACUCCAUGGAGAUUAUGGAGGCGUAUUCUGUAGCACGACAGUUCAACCAGAUCCCACCCAUUUGUGAACAGGCAGAAUACCACAUGUUCCAAAGGGAAAAGGUGGAAGUGCAGCUCCCACAGCUUUACCACAAAAUAGGCAUUGGAGCUGUGACCUGGUCUCCAUUGGCAUGUGGGAUAAUCUCGGGAAAAUAUCGGAGUGGAAUACCGUCUUCUGCACGAGCGUCACUUAAGGGAUAUGAAUGGAUGAAAGACAAGAUAAUGAGUGAGGAGGGUCACCGAGAGCAGCGUAAACUGCAGGAACUAGAAACCCUCGCACAGCGACUACAGUGUACCUUGCCACAACUUGCUAUUGCGUGGUGCCUGAGAAAUGACAAGGUGAACUCUGUGCUGCUGGGGGCUUCCAGACCCGCUCAGCUGCUGGAGAACAUCAGAGCCUUACAGGUUCUUCCGAAGAUAACAACGUCCAUUGCAUCUGAGAUUGAUUGCAUCUUGAAAAACAAGCCCCACUGUAAAAACGGUUUCAGAUUUUCAAAGGAGCACUGACAGGCUGCUGCAGACCCAGUGCAUGGCAGGAUUUUGAUCCCGGUGUAAUUCAUGCACACGUCACUGUUUUUAAAAGAAAACAAGCAACUGAAAACAAAUAAAGACAUUUAGACAACA